CCACGUGCCUUCUCCACCGGGGGCAUGGGUACCCGUGACGCUGUCCCCCCAGCCAAGGUUCUGGCUCCGGUGGCCGUGAACUGUGGGAGCAUCCCUUGGACCAGUGCUGGGCCCCGCACACUCCCGGGGGGAAGCAGUGACUCCAGCCCAAAGACUUUUGGAAAAGCCUCCCUCCAGCCAGUGCUGAGCGUCCUGUUAGAGAAGCCGUCGCAGCUCUUGAGUGGACGUGGGGACCCCGGCAGCCUCAAGCUGGAGGCUUCCCUGGAGGGCUGGCAGGCCAGGAAUGGCCAUCCCAGGAAGCUCGGGGCCCUGUCACUGGGCCCCCAGCCCCUGGUGCCACUUCCCGCGCUGGAGUCGGAGGCGAACCGUGUGGCCCGGGACGCCACUCAGAUUAAGGACACGCUCAAGACAAGGAGACUCGUGGAGGGCUUGGCAGCAUCUCCCCGAGCCUCUCUGGAUCCUGGGGGAGCCCCCAAAGGAAUUCCCCUGAGGACCGCCGUCCCCCGGGCCGCCUCUCAGAGGCUGCUGAGGGUGCCCAGGCCGAUGCCUCCUGUCCAGAGCAACCCCACCACCCCGGAGGCCGGCGGAGCCAAGGACAAAGGCCUGCACCCACCCAGGAGCCAUCAGGGACCCCAGGAGCUGAGACCCCGUGCCCAGGAGGUGCAGGUCUCCCAGCAGUACCCGCACUGCAGUGACGAGAAGACGCACAAGUCCCAGGGGGGCAUUGUGAUCCCGCCCAUCCCAAAGGACAGGGUGCCCGCCGGGACCUCCUCCUGCACGCCUGGCUCCCUGCCCAGCCUCUUGCCUCCAGGCCAGGACGUCCUCACGGGCCUGAGGCCUGCCACCACACGAUUGGUUCGGGAGAGUGGGCCUCGGGAGAAGACCCCCAGAUCUCUGGAGCCAAAACAUUUGGUCCUGCCCGUCAGAGACAGGUCUGCUGCCCCUGAGAAGCCUGCCCUGCCUUCAUCUCAGUCUGCUCCUACUCUGACAGCCUUCUCCUUUAGUCAUGCCAAAGAAGCCCAACCCUUGCUAAAAGAAGAGGACCAGAAGGAGAGUAGCACCAAGUUUGCCUUGAUCUUGUACCGGGUCCAGGUCACCAUUGCCAGGUCUGCCCAGGAGAAGAUGCGGCUGAAGCAGACGAAGGAGAUGGAGUUGGUCCGGAGAGUGAAGGAGCCGGAGAGGGAGAGGGAGCUCGCCUCCCAGAGCCUGGACUCCCGGAGGACCUUGAUGAAGGAAGGCCUCCUUACCCUCCGGGGCAGUGGGACCCUCUCUGUGCCCACUGGGCUGAGCAGCCCCUGCAGAAACAACAUCGGCGUCAUCCUGAAGAAGCAGGCCAACCAGGCCUCACUGCCCAGCAUCCCGGUCAGCAAGCAGGAGCUCAGCUUUGCCCGCCAUGCUUCAGCUCACUCCUUACCUGUCGUGCUUACUCUGGGGUCUCCUGAGUGGGAAGAAGAGGAGGAGGAGACGGAUCUUCGGGCUUUUAAGGAGUUAAGGCCUUUCUCGAACCCGGAGCUGGGGCUGGUGGAUGCCCUGCAGUGCCUGGGCCGCAGCGACUGGCAGAUGAAGGAGAAGGGCCUGGUGAGCAUCCAGCGCCUGGCGGCCUGUCACCCGGAGGUCCUCGCUGGGAGGCUGCACGAAGUGUCCUUGGCCGUGACUGGAGAGGUCACCAACCUCCGCUCCAAGGUGUCCUGCCUGGCCAUCAGCACCCUGGGAGAACUCUUCCGGGCCUUGAAGAAGAAUAUGGACCAGGAGGCUGAAGAGAUCGCCCGCUGCCUGCUCCAGAAGAUGGGGAACACCAGCAAGUUCAUCCAGAGGGCGGCCAGCCGGUCCCUGGGGGCCAUGGUGGAGCACGUGACCCCCACCCGCUCCCUGGUGGCCCUCACCUCGGCGGGCAUCUACCACCGAAACCCCUUAGUCCGGAAGUGCACUGCCGAGCACCUCUUGGUCGUCCUGGAGCAGAUAGGCACCGAGAAGCUUCUCUCAGGCACCAGAGAGAGCACAUACAUGCUGGUGCACAACCUCGUGAGGCUGGCCCAGGACUCCAACCAGGACACCAGGUUUUAUGGUCGGAAGAUGGUGAAUAUCUUGAUGUCAAACACAAGGUUUGAUGCAUUUCUGAAGCAGUCCCUCCCAUCCCACGACUUGCAGAAGGUCAUGACAGCUAUUAAACAGUGGGGAAUAGAAGAUGGUGAUGAGCUUCCAUCUGCCAAAGGCCGCAAGGUGUCGAGGAGUCUGGUGGUGUGUGAGAAUGGGCUGCCCGGCGAGGAUGGGCUCAGCUCCAGCGGCCCGCGGCUGGCAGGGCUGCGCUCCUCCAUGCGGGAUGGCUUGGAGAUGGUGGAGCAGCUGCGGGAGCUGACACGGCUGCUGGAGGCCAAGGAGUACCAGUCUCGGAUGGAAGGCGUGGGGCGGCUCCUUGAGCACUGCAAGGCCAAGCCAGAGCUCAUCACCGCCAACAUGGUCCAGGUCUUUGAUGCUUUCAUCCCAAGGCUUCAGGAUUCCAACAAGAAAGUGAACCAGUGGGCGCUGGAGUCCCUCUCCAAGAUGGUGCCCCUCCUGAGAGAGAGCUUACAGCCCAUGCUGCUCUCCAUCAUCAUUGCUGUAGCAGACAACCUCAACUCCAAGAACGCAGGAAUUUACACUGCUGCGGUGACGGCGCUGGAUGUAAUGAUUGAGAGUCUGGACAUCCUUGGCCUCCUACAAGCGUUUGCUGGGCGGGUGCGUUUCCUGAGUGGCCGCGCGGUGAUUGAUGUCACAGAACGUCUGUCCGUGUUGGUGGCCUCAGUUUACCCCCGAAAGCCCCAGGCCGUGGAGCGCCACGUACUUCCUGUCCUCUGGUACUUCCUGAACAACAUGAUCGGGAACGGCAUCCUGCCCGGGCGUGGCGGGAACGUCCGCAAGGCCGUCUGCCGGCUGUGCAGGAGCCUCCAGGGGCAAAUGGGCUCCCGGCUGCAGGCCUUGGCCGCCAGCCAACCGAAGCAAGUCCUCAAAACGCUCCAGGGGCUCUUAGACUCGGAAUCCCUGUGAGACAGCCCCAAGGUCACUGACAGGGGAAGGCACCUGACAG